UCAUCCAAGACUACAAUGAAAGUGUUUACGCUCGAGGAAGACGAGAAACUAGUUGAGGCGAUUUCUCCCCACCCUGAAAUUUACAACCUGAGACACCCUCUUUACAAGGACCAACGAGCGAGAAACAACGUUUGGGAAGCAAUAUCAGAGGAAGUCGGAAGAUCAAUUGCUGACUGCAAAAAACGUUGGCGAAACAUUAAAGAUACUCAUGACAGGAGGAUUCGAGAAAACAACAAAACUGGUUCUGAGGCCCCACCCUGCAAGAAAGGGAAGAAGUGGCAAUUAGAAGAACAACUGUCUUUCCUGCACACUGCGGAUGUUAAACGAAAAAGCUUCUGCAAUAUCAACAGCGGCAACGAAGAGAAUGCUCGUGAUGAACAAGAUGAUUCUGUUGGUCUUAAUGUAUCUGACAAUGAGCAAGACACCCUUGCAGAUGCAGCAGCUUAUGUCCCGCCUCAGCCUACGCCUCCGAAACUUGUGUCUCCCAAAAACAAUUCAGCUGAUCAACAAAAGAAAAUGACUUACAGAGACAAAAUCAGUUUUGCGAUCGAAAAAUGCUCUAAAGAGAGAGAUGUAAUGAUAAUGAAUUUGUUACAAAAGGACGACGAAACAGACGAUGAUAUAAGUUUGUUUUUUAAAAGCAUAGCAAAGAGUGUGCAAAAGAUGCCCCCUAAUUUACAACAACGAGCUAAGCUGGAAACAUUAAGUUUGAUUUCAAAUAUUGAAUCUGAUAUGUGGGCAUCACGUGAAAAUAGCCAAAUGGUUAUGCUCCCUUCGCCGUCAUUAAGCGUACUCUCUGAAGUCAGUAUGUCUUCAACGUCACAAGAUGCGCAAACUCAUCUGAACGUACGAGGUUCAUCUAAACCCGCAGUAUAAUGAAAGUGCACAUUUUUUAUGUGUAUGAUAGACCCAAGACUACCCUGUUU